CACUUCUUAUUAUUAGUAUUAGAGUAUGAGAUAAUAAUCCUAAGAAUUGGAUCCAUAUGCUUAUUCCGAUCGGAAAUGAAAUAGUAGAUUAUUCAGCGAAUGACUAUUCAUAUAUUGUAUUGUAUUUCCAAACAGGAGGCGGAGGGGCUUUAUGGAAAAAUGGUGGUUAAAUUCAAUGUUGUCUAAUGAGGAUUUAGGGCGCAGGUGUGGACUAAGUGCGAGUCUUGGCCCUAUUGGAAAUACCAGCGGGAGUGAAGAACCCAUUAUAAAUGAUAGUGAGAAAAACGUUAAUAGUUGGAGUGGUAGGGGCAGUUAUAGUUGCAGUAAUGUUGAUUAUUUACUCAACUUGGGCGGUGUCAAGGACGUUUGGAGUCUCAUCUCUGGUGAGACUUUUUGGGUUAGGGAUAGUAAUGGUGACAGUUAUUCCAUAUAUUUCGAUAUUGAAAAUCAGAUUUUUGAGAUUGACACUGAUAGUUACUUUCUGGGUGAACUAGAAAGUUUAUUUUCUAGUUAUCUGAAUCUAAAUAAUGGGUCUAAGAGUUACAAUCGCUAUUAUGAUCAUUACGUGUAUGAUACUAGGCAUAGUUGGAAGAGUCACAUAAAUAGUUGCAUUGACAGUUAUAUUCGUUCUGAAACCAAUAUGGAUAGUUGCAUUCCAAAUGGUAGCAACAAUUCAAGUGACAAUUACAUUUAUAGUUACAUUUGUAGCGAUAGUGAAAGGGGUAGUGACCGUGGGAGCUCCAAUCUAAAAACUAGUGGUGUUAGUGACAGUGAUUUCGGAAGACAUAAUGAUUUAGAUAGAAAUAAAAGAUACAGACAUUUAUGGGUUCAAUGUGAAAAUUGUUAUGGAUUAAAUUAUAAGAAAUUUUUUAGUUCAAAAAUGAAUAUUUGUGAACAAUGUGGAUACCACUUGAAAAUGAGUAGCUCAGAUAGAAUCGAACUUUUGAUUGAUCCAGGCACUUGGGCCCCUAUGGAUGAAAACAUGGUCUCUAUGGACCCUAUUGAAUUUCAUUCUGAGGAGGACCCUUAUAGGGAUCGUAUCAAUUCUUAUCAAAUAGAGACGGGUUUGGCUGAGGCUGUUCAAACAGGCAUAGGCAAACUCAAUGGUAUUCCUAUAGCAAUUGGUGUUAUGGAUUUUAAGUUCAUGGGGGGUAGUAUGGGAUCCGUAGUAGGCGAGAAAAUUACACGUUUGAUCGAGUAUGCUACUGAUAGAUCUCUCCCAGUUAUUAUGGUGUGUGCUUCUGGAGGAGCGCGCAUGCAAGAAGGAAGUUUGAGCUUGAUGCAAAUGGCUAAAAUAUCUUCCGCUUUAUACAAUUAUCAAUCAAAUAAAAAAUUAUUCUAUGUAUCAAUCCUUACAUCCCCUACAACUGGUGGAGUGACAGCCAGUUUUGGUAUGUUGGGAGAUAUCAUUAUUGCCGAACCCAAUGCUUACAUUGCAUUCGCGGGUAAAAGAGUAAUUGAACAAACAUUGAAGAAGACAGUACCUGAGGGUUCACAAGUAGCGGAGUAUUUAUUCAAUAAGGGUUUAUUUGAUCCAAUCGUACCGCGUAAUCUUUUAAAAGGUGUUCCGAGUGAGUUAUUUCAGUUCCAUGGGUUCUUUCCCCGCCCUUGAACUUGAACCAAAGAAAUUCAAGUCAAAAAAGUAGUAGAGCGAUAGAUUUAGUUAUUUGUAGGCAAAAAAGUAGUUCAUUUCGUUUAUCAGAAUUGAAGUAGCAAGGAUGGAGCUUUCUUUGCUGGCAUAAAGACAAUUUGUAAUUGUAGUGAAGUAGUAAGAAUCAGAAGUUUCAGAGGAUUUUUUCUCCAGAUCCAUCUUUUCUUUUAUCCUACCUUUACUAAUGAGUAAUCAGAUCAGGGACGGACCCUUUAGCAACAGAGCAGGAUAAAAGAUCAAAGUAGUGUCUUUUUCCUUCGGAGAAAUCCAAAUUAGAGAAAUCCAAAAAAGCCCCCUUCCCCUUGUUACAUAUCAAAUGUUCCAACCUAACUAAGAUAUAGAAAUCAAUAUGCAACACUUCUAUAUCUCCCGAGAAUCAUACAUUUGUAAUAUGAAUCCUUGUUGGAUCAAAUUAUAACGAAUCCUUGAGAAGAAAUUUGUUUAGAAACAUAAGGGAGGAAUAAGAAUAAUAAGAUUCUCUUCUCAUACAUAUAUUUCCCGGAAAAGGAUGGGUAAGUACACUAAUUUCUAUUUAGUUUAGAUCCACAUUCUUUGCACUCAUAUUCUAAUAACUUAGAAUAUUAUAUUAAUAUACUUAUAAUUAUAAUAUAUAAUUAUAAUAGAUAUCUUUAUAACAAAGAGAAGUAUCAAUUAAAUACACCGAGGCACCGAUUCUAUGACAGAUCUCAACUUACCCUCUAUUUUUGUGCCUUUAGUAGGCCUAUUAUUUCCGGCAAUUGCAAUGGUUUCUUUAUUUUUCCAUGUUCAAAAAAACAAGAUUGUCUAGAUAUGAUGGGCUCCAAUCUCAUCAAUUUAUUUCAAUCUUUGGAUCAUAAUACAGAUUUUCAUUUCAUUUAAUGGGAAUGGUACGACAUGCGGCUUCGGACUUCGGACACAAACCACAAAUGUAAAUAGAUGAUCAUAUGGAUCAAUCCAUGUUUAUGCAUCUAUAGCUCGACUUUUAUUUCAACGGGUCGAUCGGAUAUCUGGAAUAUAUAUUAUGUAUGAUAAUGAUAUGUAAAUAGAUAUAUCUAGAUCAUAUGAAUGAGGGUGAUGCUAGUUUGAAUGGGUGGAGAUGUUAGUUCUAUCUAACUGAUUUGAUGAAUGAAUCCUGAUUGAUGAUUUACAUCGUGAUAGUAUUAGCGGAUGAAAGUUACUUUGGGAGCCAAAAAACUCAUUUUGAUGAUUCUCUCAAUUCCAAUAGAAUGAAACUCGAUCUAAUCUAGUAUGAAUUGGCGAUCAGAACAUAUAUGGAUAGAACUUAUAACGGGUUCUAGAAAAAUAAGUAACUUCUGCUGGGCCUGUAUCCUUUUUUUAGGUUCACUAGGAUUUUUAUUGGUUGGAACUUCCAGUUAUUUUGGUAGGAAUCUGAUAUCCUUAUUCCCAUCUCAGCAAAUCGUUUUUUUUCCACAAGGGAUCGUAAUGUGUUUCUACGGUAUCGCGGGUCUAUUCAUUAGCUCCUAUUUGUGGUGCACAAUUUUGUGGAGUGUAGGUAGCGGUUAUGACAAAUUCGAUAGAAAAGAAGGAAUAGUGUGUAUUUUUCGUUGGGGAUUUCCUGGAAGAAAUCGUCGCAUCUUCUUUCGAUUCCGUAUAAGAGAUAUCCGUUCGAUCAGAAUAGAAGUGAAAGAGGGUCUUUUUCCUCGCCGUGUCCUUUAUAUGGAAAUUGGGGGCCGGGGAGACAUUCCAUUGACGCGUACCGAUGAGAAUUUAACUCCACGAGAAAUUGAACAAAAAGCUGCCGAAUCGGCCUAUUUUUUGCGCGUACCAAUUGAAGUAUUUUGAAAUGAAACAAAGAAAUCGAGGAAUGAGUGCUCCUCGUCACGAGGGAGAGGGAGGGAACCCAAGAAUCCCUUUUUCUUUUUUUCUUUUAAUAUAACUAUAACUGAUGUUUCGCUCCUUUGAUGAAAACAUUUAGUUAAAUCCUAUUUCCCACAUCCCGAUGGAAAUACCAUGUCCUGCGUACCAUGGAGCAGGUGGACUUAUGGAACAAUCAUACCAUGAAGUGAUUUUAGUCCAUCAAAACUAUUUUUCAUGCGUAUGAAAUUCCACUGAAUUCUUUCAUUUUCAUAUUAUUAACAAGUUUCAUAAGUAUGUAUUCAUCACAUAUAUCAGGUCAGAGUACAGAAUCCAUAUUUUAGGAUUUUAGGACCAAUAUUUCGAAUCAAUACAUUACAUUAUAUAUAGAUGAAGAUAAGAAUAGAUGAAGAUAAGAUGGAUCAUACCCAGUAAAUUAUCCCUCUUUUGUCACCUUUCUUUUUAUUCAUCUUUCUUAAUGCUUGUUUCUUGAUGACCAAACAAUUGG